AUGGCAGAAACAAAAUCCACGGCCUCCGUCCACGACGAUGGCCUCGUUUCUCCCAGGAAGCUCCAGAGAUCCAGGAUCAUGCCCAAACCUGAGAGCCUCGGCGAGUCAUCCAAGCGUCGUUCGCAUCUCUUCUUAGGGUACGGCACUAUCGCGCUCAACGGCGAUUACGACAAGGAGCACGCUAUUGUCCCAGACUUCGACCCCGCUUCUCCGGAAUCCGUCUAUUCACAUCGCUCGCAGUCAUCGUCGCCCAUGUCUUCGCCGACGCUAACCACGGCAGAGCCACUGUCGCCCACACCACAGUCGAAGCGGAACUCUCUUCAAGCUUAUAUGCUGAGAUCCGAAUACAGUGAUUCCCGCCGUUCGGCUGCAACGGUUACUGAAUCGACGCCGCUAGUCCCCAAACCGCUAUUACUCGCCAAUAAAUAUAACGGCAUGACGGAUACACAUAUCAUUCCAACGACAUGGCUAACGCGUCUUUUCGGAUUCCUGUGGCACAUCCUCGCCUGUCUGAGGAAACGCACCAAGGCUUCGCGUAGACGCAGCGCUGUCAGCCUCAAGCCUUUGAUCCUCCCACAACGAAUUAAUGGCACUGGUAACGAGGAUGACGGGUUGAUACCGACAGCCGUCAUAAAAAGAUGUUUUGUUCGUUCCCUUGCACAUAUGUAUUUCCCUGUGAAAUUGCUCUAUAUAUAUAUCAAUGGCAUCAUGUCGCAGUGGGGCGUACCGGUGGUGAAUAUCUCGCGAGACCACCGUUUACGCUACAAGCCUCCUCAGCGAAGCAAGUGUUACAACGACGUGCUCCAAAAUUAUUAUUCCUUUAGUGCUUCUAUGUGA